UCCCAUGCAGCUUCCGGUGGGCUCCGAGCGCCCUUGAAGUGCCGCUAUCCGGUCAUGGCUGGCGGCGCGCACCGCGGGGUCUUCGGCUCUCUAAACCUGCUCCAUUCUUUGCCGCGAGUGAACCUAGCCAACUUGAAGCCCAAUCCGGGCUCCAGGAAGCCGGAUAGACGUCCACGAGGUCAGAGGCGGGGUAGAAAAUGUGGUAGAGGCCAUAAAGGAGAAAGGCAGAGAGGAACUCGGCCCCGCCUGGGCUUUGAAGGAGGCCAGACUCCGUUUUACCUUCGAAUCCCAAAAUAUGGGUUCAAUGAAGGACAUAGCUUCAGGCGCCAGUAUCAGCCUUUGAGUCUCAAGAGACUGCAAUAUCUCAUUGAUUUAGGUCGAAUUGAUCCAAGUCAACCUAUUGAUCUAACCCAGCUUGUCAGUGGGAGAGGAGUGACCAUCCAGCCACUUAAAAGGGACUAUGGGGUCCAAUUGGUUGAAGAGGGUGCUGAUACUUUCCAGGCGAAAAUUAAUAUUGAAGUGCAGUUGGCUUCGGAACUAGCCAUUGCAGCAAUUGAAAAAAAUGGUGGUGUUGUUACUACUGCCUUUUAUGACCCAAGGAGUCUGGAAAUUCUGUGCAAGCCUAUUCCAUUUUUCCUGCGUGGGCAACCCAUCCCCAAACGCAUGCUCCCACCUGAAGCACUGGUGCCGUAUUACACUGAUGCAAAGAACCGCGGCUACCUGGCGGAUCCUGCCAAAUUUGCUGAAGCAAGACUUGAACUUGCAAAGAAGUAUGGUUAUGUUCUCCCUGAUAUCACUAAAGAUGAACUGUUCAAAAUGCUCCGCAUGCGGAAGGAUCCAAGGCAGAUCUUCUUUGGUCUUGCUCCAGGAUGGAUUGUGAAUAUGGCAGAUAAGAAAAUUCUAAAACCUACAGAUGAGAAUCUUCUCCAGUAUUACCAUUCCUGAUGUCCCUUUCAGAAAAGCAGAGUUGUUAAAGGUACCAGAAAAAGAACUGAAACAUACAGGCUUCUCAUUGCAUUUCCCAAAUAUAUAUUCUUCUGUUAUUUUGAUGUUGUCACUGGAAUCAUCUCAUUCAUUUUUCACCUGAAAUUAAACUGCAGGAAGCAAGAACUGCAUAGAUCAACAGAAAAUGUGUGAAUUGUGUCUCAAAAGUUCAAGCUGCUGGUCUAUUGAAUGUGAUUCUAAAUGUCUCAUCUUUUCCUCUGGGAGUUGGCUUGUUAUUGUUGCAAGUGGAAGAAAGAGCAAGCUGAGUGGGGUUGGUCUGCUUAGCUGAGAUAAUAGCAGGUGCUAAUGAGCUGGUGGCUCCUUUAUGAGGAAAGCACUUUUCCCACUUAGCCACCCCCCAGCUGCUUGGUGCUUCAGCUGGGAUGGAGAGGGUCAGAAUAAAGGGUUAAAGUUGGUGAAUAGCUUCUCCAGAAGAUUGAUUGUAUCCAAAUCUUAAAAGUUUUAUUCACAUUGUGUGCAGUCAGGUACGUAUUGCUGGUAGAAAUCACCCAACCAAGAGCAGCUUUUGAGAAAAAGGUUUGUUUUGGCUUAUAGGCUCGAGGGGAAGCUCCAUCGUGGCAAGGAAAAUGACAUGAGCACAGGGUGGACAUCAU